GGAGGAGGAGGAAGAGGAGGAGAGGGAAGAGGAAGAGGAAGGCUCCAUCGCGCCGCCGGAGGGGCAGGGAGGCCGCGAUGCCGCUGUACGAAGGCCUGGGCAGCGGCGGGGAGAAGACGGCCGUGGUGAUCGACCUGGGCGAGGCCUUCACCAAGUGUGGAUUUGCAGGAGAAACAGGACCAAGAUGCAUCAUUCCUAGUGAAAUAAAGAAACCUGACGUCACAAAGCCUGUCAAAGUAGUUCAGUAUAAUAUAAAUACAGAAGAGCUAUAUUCAUAUCUGAAGGAAUUCAUCCAUAUGCUAUAUUUCAGACACCUGUUGGUGAAUCCCAGAGACCGCCGGGUUGUGAUAAUAGAAUCUGUCUUGAGCCCUUCACACUUCAGAGACACACUGACAAGAGUCCUUUUCAAGCAUUUUGAGGUACCUUCUGUUUUGUUUGCUCCAAGUCAUCUAAUGUCUCUGCUGACACUUGGGAUCAAUUCUGCCAUGGUGCUGGACUGUGGCUAUGCAGAAAGCUUGGUGCUGCCUAUAUAUGAGGGAAUUCCAAUCCUGCGGUGCUGGGGUUCCCUUCCUCUGGGAGGAAAGGCUAUCCACAAGGAGCUGGAAUAUCAGCUGCUGGAGCAGUGCACAGUGGAUACUGGAUUAGCCAAAGGACAAAGCCUUCCAUCUGUGAUGGGCUCAGUUCCAGAAGACAUAGUAGAGGACAUAAAAGUGCGCACUUGUUUUGUGAGUGAUCUCCAACGUGGACUGAAAAUCCAAGCAGCCAAGUUCAACAUUGAUGGCAGUGCUGAGCGUCCCUCACCCCCUCCAGACGUGGACUACCCUUUGGAUGGAGAAAAGAUUCUCCACGUUGUUGGCCCCAUCAGAGACUCCGUUGUGGAAAUACUGUUUGAACAGGAUAAUGAAGAGACAUCUGUUGCCACCUUAAUCUUAGAUUCACUCAUUCAGUGUCCCAUAGACACCAGGAAGCAGCUGGCAGAGAACUUGGUCGUUAUUGGUGGCACUGCCAUGUUGCCAGGAUUCCUUCACAGGCUCAUGGCUGAAAUCAGGUACCUGGUAGAGAAACCAAAAUACAAAGAAGCACUUGCCACUAAAACCUUCAGAAUCCACACUCCACCUGCCAAACCCAACUGUGUGGCCUGGCUGGGAGGAGCCAUUUUUGGAGCACUUCAGGACAUACUUGGGAGCAGGUCUGUGUCCAAGGAAUAUUACAGCCAGACAGGCCGCAUUCCUGACUGGUGCUGCCUUAAUAAUCCUCCACUGGAAAUGAUGUUUGAUAUUGGAAAAGCACCCCCACCAUUGAUGAAGAGGGCUUUUUCUACAGAGAAAUAAGAACCUCAACACUACACAAGGAUUCUCCUCAUCUGUUUCAAGUAGCUAAAUGUGCAUUGCCUUUUUUUUUAUUAAGUCAUUUGUUUUGCUAUUAAAUAUUAACAAUGUAGAUAUUUGGGGUUGGGGGGGCAGUGGUAGAUACUAACACUAUUUAAAACCACGUUCAGUUAUAGUUUAAAAAUUGAACUCUGGCAACUACUAAAACUAUUUUGUUGUCUUCUGAAGGAAUUCUGUACUGUCAUGAGUGGCAGUCUAGGGAGUUGUUUGUUAUUUAUAUGUACAGUAAGUGACAUUGUUGAGAGAAUUUGUUUUAAGGUAUUUUGAUUUUAAAUAUGCUUAGAAGAAUGAAGGGCUGUCUACCAUGGGGAAACAUCUACGGAAGUUUUUCUGCCAAAUUCUGUAUUAAAAUGUUCCACCCUUGAA